AUGCCAGAUCAACUCGUAAACAGUCACUCGCCGCUGCUUGUGCUACCCGCUGAAAUCCUUCUCCUCGUUUUUGAUUGUUUCUUCGACGCACAGCAACCGCAAAUUAGACUGGAAUCUACUGAACGCUGCUACUACAACUACUCUGAGGCUUUUUCAACACUCAACGCUCUCGAACACACAUGUCGCAGCCUGCGACCCAUCGCGAAGGAAGUCCUUAACACAAAGUGUCUGUGGAAAUUUCAUAAGCCUAUUGCAGCUUUUACAGAAGGUCAUAGUAUCCGACGAAAGGCCACGCACAUUGAGAUACUUAGAGAUGCUUAUUCAUUUCCAAGACCAAGGGACGAUUAUCCAUGGCGGCCACGAGAGGAGCUUGAGCAAGAAUUAAAUACGUGGGGUUACUGCCCCGUUGACGUAAAGACAGCGCUUAAUGAAGACCCUGCUCAGUUGGAGCUUGCCUUCCUUGUUGCGAGUUCACCCGAUCUACAGACCUUCAUUAUGGAUGGCCAUCACAAUUUCUACGGUAUUUCGAGUAUUGAUCAGCGUUACGAACUUCCGGUAUGGCUUAUCCCCAUCAUACAAGUUGCCCGGAAGACGCCACUUAACGGCAUGGACCAUUCAUUCUACCGAAAUCUGCAGACUCUCGACAUAGAAAUGCAGUUCAGUUUCGAUACUAGCCUGGCCUAUCUGUUCUUACUGCCGACGCUCCAAACGCUUCGUCUGAGUUGGAUGGUUAGUCAGAUUCCAUUCGAGGACGAAGCAAAUUGGCCAGUUAAGAGCAGAUCAUCGUCAGUUGCUUCGCUCACACUUGAUGAAGCCGAAAUCUCUGGUACUCUUAUCAGACUUUUCAUCACCUCCUGCAGAGAGCUAUCAUGCUUCAAGUACAGUAACGGGUCUGUGGAAGAAAUGCCUCUGAGCUGCUCGGCAGAGAUCAUGUCUGGUCUUGCGCAGCAGCAAGACACGCUGCGUACUCUAUAUCUUGAACCUCAUCAAAGGGGCGAAUACGACUAUGAAGGCAUGACCCUCACGCGCAUCGACGGCUUUCACAAACUGUAUGCACUAGAGAGACUCUAUACGCCGUUCUGGGCUCUCCUUGGGAAACCUCAAUCAACGUACACGGGGGAAGGAAGUUGGCAGUACCCGCAAAUGAGAGAUGUGCUUCCACCCCGACUGCAAGAGCUAUCGUUAUACAUAUUACCGAUCAUGUUAUCCCAAGAGUACAACGAUGGCUACCUCAGCCUCUUCUCUAGUGUCUUACCUUCAGAUACGAAAGAUCUCUACCUAAAAUGGGUCCACGUGGAAUGCGAAAAUGUGUUAGAGUGCGCACCGUUGCCCUUCGACUUUUGGAACAUCAAGAAUGUCUUCCUGGAACAAGGAGUUGAUUUUGACUACAUAAUAUGUGGCUAUGAGCACCUCUAG